GAAUUGCUGAGGUUUUUACGAUCAUACAUGCGACUCUAUCUUAUACAGUCCGGGCGAUUUAAGUGACUAAAUUACCUCUCGCUCCGGAAAACCGUCGUCUUUUAGGACCAAGCGGCCCUCUCGACCCCCAUACUGGCUCUGGCAAGGUACCAAGUAGCACAAGUGCCGACUAGCCAAUGGGGUUGAGGGGGAGGUCCCUGAGCUCUGACCAGUCAAACACAUUCUCCUUCCUUAUAUGGCAGCCCAUCUCCAUGGUAACGUGUGCUAAGUUGCAGCAGUCGUGUCAAAGUUCACUAUAUAGAGAGCUCAGUGAGCUGAUCAGAGAGAAAGCAUUCAGCCAGCCCGGCUCCUACCAAUCGCAAAUCACUUCCUAACCUCCGCCUUUUUAACAUAUUUGAUUACUUUGAAUCUCUGCUCCUCUCUGCCUAUUAUUUUUCACUCAAUACGGAGGAGGUUUAGUGGGUUGUGAUCUUUGUUUUAUUUUUUUUUGAAAUUUUUGCUUUUGUGCUUUCGCUUUUUGGAGGAGAGAUAGUUGUGCGUCUUCAUAUUCCGAGCUCUGAGAACAUUGGCGUCAGCUGCGCGCGUUACUGGCACCAAAAAAGAAAAAGGGGAGAAGACGCGAUUUUUUUUUUUUCCUUCCUUCCUCCAACCCGGUUGGUGAUUUUCUUCAAGACUUGUGCUGGAACUUGAUAGUAGCUGCUACAUUGUGCUCUCACCAGUUGUUUUAUGCUGCUGCUGUUGCUGCUGCUGCUGCUGCUGCUGCUGCAGGCGCGGUCUCACACCAACCUGCUCCAUUAUUAUUAUUAUUAUCCACUGACAGUCCAUGCUACCUCUGUUGAUUAUUCCAAUAUUGAAGCCACCGUUUCCCAUUGAUGGCUGUACUGGAUGGCUGACUGUAAGCGCCACUGGACUUGGCCUUUAAGCGCAAGGCAGCGACUCAGCUCGCCAUCGCAUCAGUUUUGAAACCCGGUGCUUCGCAGCGUCUCCAACAGCAAUAACUCACCAGUUUUCUGGAGUGGAUUCAGCGUGUAGGCUCUAGAUUUGACAUUUUCUCUGACUGGCUGAUCUCAGUUUACCGCGUUUUCCUUCAGACAUUGUUCACCGCGACACCAAAACGGCAGACAAAAAGUUUCUUUACGUUGACUGAUAGAUAUGGCAAUGGUAGUGUGGAGAGGCUCCCAGGACGAUGUGGCUGACACCCAAGGCGCCCUUUCCUCGCAGACCCAAGGAGGACUAUCUCUCCCCACGCCUCAAGCAGGCCAGUUGAACCUGACAGCCUCCCAGGUGGCCCCUCCGACCCCUCACACACCGGUCCAAGGAGCCCCGAACAACACGCAGUCCACGCCGACGAACCAGGGCACGCAGCAGUCGGAGAAGCAGCCGGCGCAGAUCGAGUGCGUGGUGUGCGGGGACAAAUCCAGUGGCAAACACUACGGCCAGUUCACAUGCGAGGGCUGCAAAAGCUUCUUCAAGCGGAGCGUAAGACGGAACCUCACUUACACAUGCCGUGCCAACAGGAAUUGUCCAAUCGACCAACACCACCGCAAUCAGUGUCAGUACUGCCGCCUCAAAAAAUGCCUUAAAGUCGGCAUGAGACGGGAAGUUUCUCUUUUUACUGCAGCCGUGCAAAGGGGACGGGUGCCACCCACGCAGCCACACCACGGUCAGUUCGCCUUGACAAAUGGAGACCCACUCCACUGCCAUUCCUACUUAUCCGGAUAUAUCUCUCUUCUGUUGAGAGCGGAGCCCUACCCGACGUCCCGCUAUGGCAGUCAGUGCAUGCAGCCCAACAACAUCAUGGGUAUCGAGAACAUUUGUGAACUCGCAGCCAGGAUGCUCUUCAGUGCAGUGGAGUGGGCCAGGAAUAUUCCCUUCUUCCCAGACCUCCAGAUCACAGACCAGGUGGCUCUGCUGAGGUUGACGUGGAGUGAGUUAUUUGUGCUGAACGCCGCGCAGUGCUCCAUGCCCCUGCAUGUGGCUCCUCUGCUGGCGGCGGCUGGCCUUCACGCCUCCCCCAUGUCCGCGGACAGAGUUGUGGCCUUUAUGGACCACAUUAGGAUCUUCCAAGAACAAGUGGAAAAGCUCAAAGCUUUGCACGUUGACUCUGCUGAAUAUAGCUGCUUAAAGGCAAUUGUGCUUUUCACCACAGAUGCUUGUGGCCUCUCAGAUGUGGCCCAUGUGGAAAGUUUGCAGGAGAAGUCCCAGUGCGCCCUGGAGGAAUAUGUCCGGAGCCAGUAUCCAAACCAGCCAACACGGUUUGGGAAGUUACUACUCCGCUUGCCUUCCCUUCGCACAGUCUCUUCCUCGGUCAUAGAACAGUUAUUUUUCGUCCGAUUGGUAGGUAAAACCCCAAUUGAAACUCUCAUCAGGGAUAUGUUGCUUUCGGGGAGCAGUUUUAACUGGCCUUACAUGCCAAUUCAGUAAACCAAGAAGGACACGAACAAACAAAAGGUGGGGCUGAAGGGGGGUGGUGGUGGUGGUGUGUGUGUGUGUGUGGGGCUGUGGGACUACAAUGAUUUUAGCUGCUUUUGUGGAAGGAAUAAAAA